AGGGUGUGUGUGUGUGUAAGGGUGUGCGUGUGUGUGUAAAGAGACAGCACGGUCGGUCCUGGUGCUUAAAUCCAGCUGGCUGUUCCACAGGGAAUGUAAUCCAUAUGCGUGCAUGAGUUCAGCUGCAGGAGAAAGGAGAGAUAUCACCCGCAAAGAAGAGAUUGUUUUUGCUUUUCUUGUUUAAAUUCCACUCAUACCCGCCCCUGGAUCCUGGCUCGCCUUUUUUAGCCAGGAAGUGAGAGAAGGAAAAAAAUCAAGAGCAAGCAGUAGUAGUAGUCGCAGGAGUCGAAACAGUACGAUGAUGGAAGGAGAUGAGACGGUGGACGAGGGUGCAGCGUGUCAGAAUGAGCCGAACGGGCCAGCUGGGCUCCCAGUGAUCCAUACUCGUCUGGAGGAGAACGGACAGAUCCAGAAAGAGUUGCAGAGCCCAGAUUCGGACAUGAAUGGCAAGACGGGGAGCAGAGGGCCCGUGAACAGCACCGUCGAGGCAAACAGCAAUGCCAACAACCUCAGCAUGGCAUCUCAUUCAAUCCCAGAGGCCCAGAAUCACUCACAGCCAGUUUCACGGACGCCUAAGAGAGCCGCCACGUUUGGGAAGCGUUCCAACUCCAUGCGCCGUAACCCAAAAGCUGAAGUGACCAAGCAGGGCUGGCUCCAUAAACAGGCCAGCAGUGGUGUGAAGCAGUGGAACAAGCGCUGGUUCGUGCUCACGGAUCGAUGUCUCUUCUACUAUAAAGACGAGAAAGAAGAAGUUGUCUUGGGAAGCCUUCCUCUUCUCAGCUUUAAGAUCGGACCAAUCCAGCCUUCAGACAACAUCAGCCGCAGGUUCGCCUUUAAGGUCUGGUUUGAGGCAGGGGAACAAGACAUGGAAGGAGAAAAGGAGGAAGGGCAAGACACUAAAGGAAGUAUUACAUUCUGUUUGCAGGCAGAACACGCUGGGAUUCGUACAUACUACUUCAGCACUGACAGCUUGGAGGAUAGGGAGGAGUGGAUCCAAGCCAUGAAUGCGGCAGCCAGUGUCCAUGUUUUACCCCCGAUUAGAAAAACCUCAGAGUCCAUCUCUACAGAGGAACAAAACCACAUCCCAGUGACACCAGCACCAGAGCCGAAGUCUUGUACAGAAGACGAGGACUCAAGAACUGAGCAACACGAGCCUGAGAAACGUGGAGUAAAUGGGGUAGAAAGAAGAGCGAUACCAGCUUCCACCACACCAGUGUCAACAGAUAUGGACAGCCGGCUUGGGGAGAGGGGAUGCCUGCCUCCUCAUCAUCCUAACGGAUGGAGUAACUAUGGUUCAGGCUACCCUUCUCAGGAGAACAUAAGAGAGCUGCAUGAGGUGCAGCCCGAGGCCCAAGAGAACAUGGUGCUGCGCAGGGGCUUUGUGCCCAGGACGGGGCCUGAGAGGAUGGCACAAAGGAAGAGCUCCAUGACACAGUUACAGCAGUGGGUGAACCAGCGGCGCAGCAUGUUGCCUCAGGAGGACCUCCGGAGUCCAGCACGGUACUACACGAUGAACCGAGGAAUGUCAGCAGACUACUAUGGUGUUUAUGGUGCCCCUCAGUACUCUGAGGAGUAUCCACUGUACCCUUCAGGAAUUCGGCCUGAAAGCAUCUGCUCCAUGUCAGCUGCCUACGACAGGAUGCCGCCCCGUUGGACGGCAGCGGAAAAACGGCGUUCACUGAGGGACUCUGCUCCCUUUGGGCCUCCCCGUGAGCCCCAGUGGAUGAUGGGGGGUCCUGGAACACAUCCUGCUUAUUACACCCAGCUAGAGUCAACCCAGGGGACCAUGAGGCGUCUGUCACUGCAGCCACGCUCACGCUCAGUGCCACGCUCACCCUCUUCAUCAUCGGGAGGUGCCUACUCACCCGGACCCCCAAGCUUCAUCUCGCCAGCACGCUCUCCUAGUGUACGGUUUGACAGAAUGCCUGGGCGGCUUAGAGAUGAGGGCAUCUACGCUGACCCAUCAGUCUACAGCAUGCGAAGGUCUCUCAGUUCCCCCAAGUAUGAUUUUCCUGGGGAUCGACGGUCUCUUACGCAAAAUGUUUACCAUUACAAUUACCCAGCCUCUCCCUCUGUACAUGGCAAAAUGGAUGACAUUUUAGACCUGCAGCUUCAGAGGAACUUGGAUUACCUCGAUCAGCAGGUGCCUCCAGCACAUGAUAUUUACAGGGACCUGCAUCCCACGCUGAAGAUCAAUGAAAUUGAGACCAGUAAACUCCUGAAUCGCUUGUUUGAGCAGAACAGGCUUAUGAAGGAGCAGGAAGCUGUAGUACAUCGGCUGCGAAUGGAAAAGGAUAACUUGGAGGCCACUCUGGUGGCCACCCAUCAGGACAUGGAGCUUUCCAGGACUCAGCCCCUGACCAUAGAGAAACUGCAGCUGAAGAAGGAAAGCUUACAGAAUCAACUCAUCAAUGUCCGGGGAGAGCUCUCUCAGGCUUCCAGUGCUCUGGCCACCUUUAAAAUGGAGCUUGACGCUCUGGAGGAUGAGGUGAAUGCUAUUCAUGGGGACCUGUGGGAACAGCUGAAUUCUGGAGGACAGAGUGAGAUGGUCCACAGACACCUGCAGAAAGAGUUCUGGAGGAUUCAGGAUGUGCUCGAGGGGCUGCACAAGAACAAUCCUUCUCGAGGCACAGAUACAGCUAAGCACAGAGCCAGUGCAGCAUCAGGUUCCUUCAGCACAAACAGUCCAGCGAGCCCACUAAGCUCCGUGAGUCUAACCAGCCCCCUCAGCCCUUUCUCACCUGCACCCGGCUCCCAGAAUUCACCCACAAAACAGCUGGCAACUGAGCACAACUUCAGUUCAUUGGAGGAAAAGACCAACGAUUAUGACAUGGAGCAAGACAGACAAGGCAACAAAGUUGGUAUUGUCCCACCCAGGACUAAAUCUCCUACAGAUGACAAGGAUGGUGUCUAUAAGAGGAACGGGAAAGUGCCUAAUGGUCACAUCUCCAGGGAGAGGCCAAAGAGCGCUGUGUUCCCGGCAGAAGCAAAGUCUAAGAUGAGCGUAGAGGAGCAGAAUGAGAGGAUACGUCGGAACCAGAGCAGUUCGGUGAAAGACAAGAGACGCAGCCUUAAUCUAUCCAACAACCAGAACUUGGAUGGCCUCAAACCUUCGGUCCACUACAGAGUGGUGAGGAGAAGAGUGACUGCCCAUGAGGUGGACAUAAAGGGCCUGGAGGCUGCCGUACGAGGGGAAGGUGUGGAGUCUCCAAGGGAAGAAAUUGCCCGGCUACGUAGACAGGUGGAGGCUGACAGUUAUGAGCUGGAUAUAAGCAAAGAGCUGUCUGCCCCAGACAAAGUGUUAAUUCCAGAGCGGUAUUUGGAAAUGGAGCCCAGCAUGCCGCUUAGCCCAGAGGAGGAGAGAGAGAAACAGAAGAAGGUGGAACGGAUAAAGACACUCAUUGCCAAGUCAAACCUGCAGAAUAUUGUCCCGGUUUUGGACGGCCCUGUGGAAGCGCAGGCAAACCCUGAGAAGAAGCUGCAGGAACAGGAGAAACGUAUCGAGAUCUCCUGCGCUUUGGCAGCCGAGGCAUCUCGCCGCUCCCGCCUGCUCUCUGCCCAGAUCACCUUGAGUCCCCCCGCCUCCCCGACCAACCUGGCCCCUCCCCCUUCCUCUGGCUUCUCUGACUCCUCCCACAUCAUGAAGGUGUGAGCGUGUAAAGCUCACGCGCUGGCUGCUGUCAAGUUCGAUGGUGAACCCUUUUGAGAACGGCAAAUAAACAACACACGAAAAGAUUACUUAUAUUGUCCCAUCUCCCCCAAACUGUGUAUUUAUCUCAGUUACUGACACACUAGGAGGGGGAAAUACUACAAAACGUUUGGAAGUUGGAGAUCUGAGGUUCGAGGGUGUGAUCUCAAAGAUGCGGUUCAGAGGUCGCUACAAAGAUGAAGUCACAUCCUGGGAGUGGGCCUCUCCUUUCUUUCUCCCUUUCCAUGUAGGACCUAAUGGCUGGACUUGUAUGAUGAAAACAACAGAAAUUGUAACAUAAUGUAAGCUGCAAACUAGCCAGAAAGUGAGAUUUGUUUACACAAAACAAACAUCUGUAAUGUGGUGUUAUACUAAUCCUGAAAAAACUGGCCAGACACAAGUGAAGACACAAGUACGUCAGUAACCGAAUGACAACCGAGGAACAGAGAUGAUUUACAAGCUACAGUUUUACAGUAGAAAAAAGCCAGAGAGGAGACAGGAGGCAAAUGGCGUGUCAGAGCAAGUAAAGAGCAAGGAAGCCCAGGACCACAGACAGGAAGUAGCACGUCCCAGAGUAACGACGAGAGGAAGUUGACCAAAAUCAGCACAUCUGUACUUGACCACAGAGGCUGAAGACUAACUUUAUAAAAGCUUAGCAUCCUAGAUCUGCCAGAUUCAUCAGUGACCAUAGACUGAUGUCAAAACCUGUCUACAGUGAAAAGCAACCACAAGCGGAAGACAAAAAGAAAGCAUCUCGUUGUGAAGCACUUGCAUGGGCCCUCAUUCCCUUUAUUCCCUCAUUUCAAAGGAGAUCAAGACUCACUGUGACUCCAUAAAUCCUCUUUGUCUUUACUUUUUACGCUGAAUAAUAGGGCUUGAUGGGAACACUGGAUCCCAAUCACCAACAGGCCGGUACCUUAGAGUUCUGUUUGCACCACAGGUUCCUUAUGUAUCAAUAAACACAGCAUAUACAGUAUAUCAAUAGACAGUGAAUAUAUAUAU